GAACGCCAUGAUCGGUUGCGUGAUCUUGACCGCAUUGAACGAGCUUGAUCGAAUUGGCCAGCUUAAAGCAGACUCCAAGUUCCUUGACCUUGGCCACGUCAUGGCGCUCUACCUACUCUUUUCCAAGACUCAUGACGCUACUGAGAUUGAGGAUCCGGCCCUUGACUCGGACGGUGAUGGCGAGGACGGAGAUGGCGAAGAUGCAGAGACGAUCGAUUGGCAAAACGCUCUUGUAGCAUAUGCGGAGAAAGCGGGUAUCGAUCUUUCCGAUCAAGGUGUCUCUGGCAUCGAUGAAGUCUUCGGAGAAGUGACGGGCUACACCGAUUUUGGCAAAGCAAAGGUUGAAAGGUGGAAGUGGACUGAAUUGCUGAGGGAAUAUCGUGAGGACUACUUGUGGCGGCCAACCAUUCUUGCCCUUCCAACUGACAACAUUGGCGGCGACCAGUACGAUAUCACAAAGUGGGAGCCAGAGCGGCGAGCCAAGUACGCAUUCGAUCACAAGGAUCCUCUAGCAGGAGCUUUGGGCGAAGAUAGCGGGUCUGAUGAAGCCGAGGAUUCUUGAGCAAUUGACACUCAUCGUGGUCGAGGAAUGAGUGCGUCCUUUCGUUGAGCAUUCGAUUCAACAUGUAAUGUGAGUUUGACCUAGAUGUCUUCUGUCCUUCGUGUAGCUUUUGCUCCGUCAUCUGCUGUAAAUAGUCCUCAUAAGUCUCCGC